CGUCACCAAAGGUCCAGGUGUACAGCCGCAACCCGGGAGAGUUCGGGAAGCCCAACGUCCUGAUCUGCCACGUCAGCGGCUUCCACCCGCCAGAAAUCCGCAUCGACCUGCUGAGGAACAAAGAGGAGAUCCCCGGGUCCGAGCAGACGGACUUGGCCUUCGAGGAGAACUGGCACUACCACCUGACCAAACACGUGCCCUUCACUCCGAAGGAAGGGGACAAGUUCCUGUGCCGGGUGACCCACAUGGGCAACACCAACACAUUCGAGUGGGAAUCAGAUAUGUAAAACCUCCACACUGACUUGUUUCAGGUCUGCGUCUAAAAGAUGAAGACUGGAAUUCAUCUCCUGAAAUCUUUUCCUUAGGAAACCUUUGGCAGCAACGAGCGAGAAGAAAAAUGGCACUUAAAGGUGUUUGUGGGACGUAUUGGACGUCAGUAACACAAAUAAAUAAAUAAAUAAAUAAAUAAAUAAAUAAAUAAAUAACUGUUUGGCACUUUAUAAGAAUUUUAUUCUAAAAACCCGUCUUCAUCACCGUUUAGCCUCUGAGUUUAGAGUUGUGUUAAAUGCUUCAGUUGUGGUGAUGUCAAUUUGGAUCAUUAAAUCAGAUUAAAUCAACAAAAGUUAAUAAAACAAAUGUUUUAAUCUGUUUCACUUUGGAUGAAUCUGCUGCUUUUAAAGUUUGUAAUAAGACAUGAAUGUGGGGGAGAAAUCUUUACUGGGUAACUUUUUAUAUUUUAAUUUUUUUCCUUCAAUUUGAGGUUUAAGACAUCAAACCUGAAAAACUUGUAACUAUGUGAAGUAAUAAUUGUGUGUAACUAAUGUAAACAAUCUGUGUUGUAUCUAAAGRUUUAAACUUUUUAUUUUUUUGUUUCACACAGUUUGUUUUAAAGAAUGAAAAAAUAAAGAUAAUUGACCUUUU